AUGGCAGCGAAUACUUCAGCCAUCAAGACCCGAUUUCUAGUAUUUUCAGACACACACGGACUUGAUAGUUUACCCUUUUCGUUGAGUCAAUAUGCAGAUGUAGCGAUUCACUGCGGCGAUCUCACUACGGAGUCCAAAAUUGACGAGUAUCUAGCGUCUAUCCGAUUGCUCCAGGCCGUGAAUGCUCCUCUCAAACUCGUGAUAGCCGGUAAUCACGACUUCACAAUGGAUAUCCCGGCAUUUCAGAAAAAGGUGGCAGAAACACAACCACCGCUGGACCCCAAGUUGGUUGAGUAA